GCAGGGUCAACCAUGCAUCCAUAAACAUCAUUACAGAGGGCAAUUCAAGUCUCAACUCCACUUUUGUAGCUCAUCCUGAAAAGUUUUCACCUGCUCUGAAGUCCAUCAAGUGUGUUGGUAUUUUGUUUGAUUCUUUGAUGACUGUGACAUAAAUGGACAGCAUCUCGCUCCUCUGACACUUCCCUUUCAGAAAUGCCAUGCCUUGCAGGAUUUAAGAUUCUCAGCUCAAAAUGGACAGAAAUGGUGCAGAUUUUUUUUCUGCGGUCAUUCCGUUCUUACGGAAUCUCAGGAACUAUACUUUGUCCCAGCUUGUUUUAGGUGACCGUGGAGCUGCAGUACUUGGGAGAGCACUUCAAAGUGUGCCAAAUCUAAAGUCGAUCAAUCUGUACCAGUGCUCUGGUUGGACAGCAGCUCGAGGGCGUGACCUGGUCAGAAGUCUGGUGCAGGUGCAUCUUGCUGGCAGAGAUACGACUGGACUCUGUGGUACUUGAUGAGGAGGGUAUAACCAUCCUAGCUCAAGGCUUCAGCCAUUUGGCCUCACUUAGAAGGCUCAGCUUGAGCAAUAUUAGAGUGGUGACAUCAGAGACGUUUGUGAAUGGCACUGGCAUACUUUGUCUUCUGACCUCUUUUAGGGGUUUUAGACAGAUGGAAGAGAUUGAGUUGGAAAGUUGGCGAAUGGGAGAUGGUGGUACUUAUGAGCUUGUGAAAUACAUUAAUUCGUGGACUGAACUAGUAAAACUAAGUCUGUCAGACAACAAUGUGACCGACCAGGCUGGAGAAAAGCUACUGGUGGCACUAUCCCACUGCAGAGUUCUUCAGAAACUACAGCUGUCCAAAAACCGGCUUGGUCAGGCAUGUGCUGCUAAACUAGCUCAAGUCCUUCCGUUACUGCCCCAACUUUCAGAACUCAUUUGUCAGAGAAUCAGUUUGGCCCACAUGGAUCCUUGGCUCUUUGUGAAGGUCUGAUGAGCAUGAAGGCACUAAAAAUACUACAUUUGACUUCGAUUAGGAGUUCAGAUCUGGUUGGUGUGGCCUCAUCCCUCAAACACUGUUCAUCCAUAGAGGACAUCAGCUUGUCAUGGAAUGGAUGUGGUGACAGCCUGGCACGGACACUGGCUGAGAUUUUACCCCUAUGUACGAAUCCGAAAAGACUUGACCUGGAAGCCAAUAAUGUAACUACAGCAGGAGCCACAGUGAUAGCCAAAUGCCUCCCAUCAUGCCCCUCCAUUGAAGUAAUAAGAGUUGCUGCCACCAGCACUAGAAAUAGCGACAGAAGACGCCGAAGAAAAGUAGGCUGCGUAUCGCACGAGAGCUUCGAGAGGGUGUGGGAGAGGGGGUACUCCCAUCUCCAUGGCCUAUACUCUGGCCUCAGGCCCCGACGCGGGUCCUGCCAUUGGGCCCCAGCACUGCAUCACAAAGGUAGAGCUCUCUGUCUGUGGCUCCAACCUGCUGGACCGCGACGUGGCAUCCAAGUCUGACCCCUUCUGUGUUCUUUUCCAUGAUGUGGAUGGCAACUGGGUGGAGCUGGCUCGAACAGAGACUGCUGUGAACAACCUGAAUCCAGUAUUCGGUGUGAAAUUCCAAGUAGAUUACCACUUUGAGGAGGUCCAGAAGCUCAAGUUUGCCAUGUUUGAUGAGGACAAAUGCAGCACCCAGCUUUACGAACACGACUUUCUGGGCGAGUUCACCUGCACACUGGGUGUGAUUGUGUCAAAUAAGAAGCUACAUCAACCACUGAUUCUGGCUAAUGGCAAGCCAGCAGGGAAGGGGGCUAUCACAAUAACAGCCCAGGAGUUAUCAGACAACAGAAUAAUCACCCUAACCUUGUGUGGGAGGAAGCUGGAUAAAAAGGACUUUUUCGGUAAAUCAGAUCCCUAUUUAGAAUUCCACAAACAAGGGGAUGAUGGGAAAUGGAUGAUGGUUCACAGAACAGAGGUCAUUAAGAACACUUUGGAUCCUGUAUGGAAGCCUUUCACAGUGCCUCUAAUCUCACUUUGUAAUGGAGAUGUGGACCGAAACAUCAAGGUGCUGUGCUACGAUUACGACAACGACGGAGGCCAUGACUUCAUCGGCGAGUUUCAGACCACCAUUAACAAGAUAAGCGAAGCACAGAAUGGAGUGGAGGUUGAGUUUGAAUGCAUUAAUCCGAAAAAACAGAAGAAAAAGAGCUACAAAAACUCUGGGGUCAUAAUAGUGAAGUCAUGCAAGAUUACAAGAGACUAUUCCUUCCUGGACUACAUUCUGGGUGGCUGUCAGCUCAUGUUUACUGUUGGCAUCGAUUUCACAGCGUCCAAUGGCAACCCCAGGGAGCCGUCGUCUCUGCAUUAUAUCAACCCAAUGGGCAGCAACGAAUAUCUGUCCGCCAUCUGGGCUGUAGGUCAGAUCAUCCAAGACUAUGACACGGACAAAAUGUUUCCUGCACUUGGAUUUGGGGCUCAACUCUCACCUGACUGGAAGGUAUCCCAUGAGUUUGCAAUCAACUUUAACCCCACCAACCCUUUCUGCUCAGGUGUGGAAGGGAUCGUUCAAGCUUAUUCCAACUGCCUGCCUCACAUCCGCUUCUAUGGACCAACCAACUUCGCCCCCAUCAUCAACCAUGUGGCCCGCUUCGCUACCCAGGCCCUCCAACAAGACACUGCUGCACAAUACUUCACGCUACUCAUCAUUACUGACGGUGUGAUCAGCGACAUGGAUGAGACACGUCAUGCUAUAGUUCAAGCCGCCAAACUGCCCAUGUCCAUCAUUAUCAUCGGGGUGGGCAACGCCGACUUCACCGCCAUGGAGUUUCUGGACGGAGACAGCAGCGCGCUCAGAUCCUACACGGGAGAGGAGGCGGUUCGAGACAUCGUGCAAUUUGUCCCAUUCAGGGACUUUCGCAACGCUCCGAAGGAAACUUUAGCCAAAUCCGUAUUGGCAGAGCUGCCGCAACAGGUCACACAGUAUUUCAAACAGAGGAACCUGUCGCCUAGCAACACAAUGCCGGAAUAAGCGCUGGAGGCCUGGAGUUCACACUGCAUGUUGCCAAAACCUGCUAACUGUUUACAGACCACCCUUGACCAAUUCAAUGGACAAAGUGCAUGUGUUUUUCUGUACAGAAGUGUUUUUAGUAAAUGUUUUUAUUUAUUGGUUUAUAUAUAGACAGUAUAUAUGAUGACUUAUCAAUCUAAAGGCAACAGCCAUUUGUGUGUCUGUCACAAAAUAUGUAACUGUCACAAAAUAUGUACCAGUAUUCGGCUGAAUGUAACUUUAUACUACUAUUUUCUGUGUUUUAAAAGAAGUGAAAGCUAAAGAGUACUUCAUGUAGUGAUUUGUAUUUAGUGAUAAUUGUGUGGUACCAUGGUCAAGGUGGUGCUUUUUGAAUAAA